CUGUCUCCCUCUCUGUCUCUCCUCUGUUUCCUCUGCUUCUGCUGGAACAUUGACGAGAUACUUCGUCAUCUCCGAUCGAUCCCUCCGCCAGCGCUUCGCCUUCGAACAUUCUCUGGGUGGCUCAACCGAAGCCAACCCCAAGAAACGGAUCCCCACACGUCUGACAGCGAAUCCCCAGCUCACCUCCCAUCGCAAUGCCGUCCCCGCUCCUGCCCAUCACCAACCCAUCCUCACGCCAUGCUGCCCCCCCUUCCUUCGAUCCCGCCUCCUCCCUCGCCUCCCCGCCGCCCUCCAAGGACGGCGGCGCCGGCCCCGGUGACGACCCGAUGGCGAACCUCCUCCUCAUCUCCUCCCCCUUCGAUGACGAGAAGGCCGCCUCCGUCAGGCCCCUCCUCUCCAGGGCCUCCAGCUACGCCCCCACCGUGCCCCCGGCCGCCGCCGCCGCCCCCCCAUCCGGGUUCCAACAGCAGCGGCGGCGGCGGUCCGCCAGCGAGAACUCCCUCUCGUCGAUGUCCGACAACGGCCGGCACCAGCCGCUGGGGCGCGAGGUCGCGGAUGCAGCUUCCGAGACGUUCGUGCUGACGCGCCUCAGCUUGAAGCUCUUGAGAUAUCUCGGGGUAGGCUACAGAUGGAUUACAAGAUUUCUUGCUCUUGGCUGUUAUUCCUUGUUACUAAUGCCUGGUUUUGUCCAAGUUGGGUAUUACUAUUUCUUCUCUAGUCAGGUACGCAGAGGAAUAGUUUAUGGUGAUCUACCCCGAAAUAGGCUUGAUUUAUAUCUACCGAAAAACAUGGAUGGGCCAAAGCCAGUGGUUGCAUUUAUAACUGGUGGAGCCUGGAUAAUUGGCUACAAAGCAUGGGGAUCUCUUUUAGGACAACAAUUGUCAGAAAGAGACAUCAUGGUGGCCUGCAUUGAUUACAGAAACUUUCCCCAAGUUACCAUUGGCGAUAUGGUUAAGGAUGCUUCCCAGGGUAUUUCUUUCGUGUGCAACCAUAUAGCUGAGUAUGGAGGCGAUCCAAACAGAGUUUAUUUGAUGGGACAGUCAGCUGGGGCACAUAUCGCUGCUUGCGCACUCUUGGAGCAAACAAUUAAAGAGUGUGGUGAAGGAGAGAGCACUUCUUGGAGUGUGUCUCAGAUUAAAGCGUACUUUGGUUUAUCCGGAGGGUACAAUUUGUUAGAACUCGUUGAUUACUUUCACAGUCGAGGUCUGUACCGCUCGAUCUUCCUGGGCAUUAUGGAGGGUGAACAAUCAUUGCAACGAUUUUCUCCGGAUUUAGUGGCCCAGGACCCGAACAUAAGAAUUGCUGUCUCUCGUUUGCCUCCUGUUACUUUGUUUCACGGCACUGCAGAUUAUUCUAUUCCAUCAGAUGCCAGUAAAAAUUUUGCGGAGACUCUUCACAGAGCUGGAGUGAAAGCGGAAUCAAUAUUAUACAAAGGGAAAACCCACACUGAUUUAUUUCUCCAGGAUCCUAUGAGGGGUGGCAAAGAUGAUAUGUUGGAAGAUUUGGUGGGCUACAUACAUGCUGGUGAUACAGAGGCUCUCACCAAGGAUGCGGUAGCUCCUCCUAGACGUCGGAUGGUACCUGAGUGUAUGUUGAAGUUAGCACGCGCUGUCAGUCCAUUUUGAACUGUAAUGUUGCCAUUAGGUAGCUCAAAGACAACCCACCUAUUGGGGUAAUUAUAUUUAGAGCUUAGGUUACUGUGAAUAAUACCCCAUUCUAAGUCUCACUUUAGUGUUUUUGCUACAG